AUGGACGAGACGCAGCGGCCCGUCUGGGAGAUCCCGUUCCCCGCCGUCACCGUCUGUCCCGUCAACAAGCUACGCGCCUCCGCCUUCAACUUCAGCGCCGUCUACAGGAGCCAAUGCCUCGGCAACAACGCCAGCACGCAACAGGAGGAACAAAUAUUUCUGGAUUUAUUCGUUCUUUGCGACAAGAAAGGAAUAGACAACUCAGAAGACAUAUUUAGAAAUAUUAAUACAGUGGAAAGCAUAGAAAAGUUUUCACCUCAAAUGAAGGAUACAAUAUAUUCAGCAGAAUUCCGACGAAAAGAUCUGAAGACACAUUUCGAUUUUCAACCAAUUCUCACUGAAGAAGGACUUUGCUUUUCGUUCAACAUGAUGCAAGGAUCGUACUUCUUCCGAAAUGGCACUAUUCUUGGUGAUGUUAUAUAUUUAGUAAAUUUAAUAAGUUUAACACUCGUGCAGCUGCACAGCCCCGCGGAGUUCCCGCGCCCGGCCGAGCGCUCGUUCCGCGCGCCGCUGCGCGGGUCGACGGCGCUGCGCGUGACGCCGGCCGAGAUGGCGACGGACGCCGACGUGCGCGGCGGCUACUCGGCGCAGCAGCGCCGCUGCUACUUCCCCGAUGAGCGCCGCCUCGCCUUCUUCCGCCUCUACUCGCAGAGCAACUGCGAGAUCGAGUGCCUCGCCAACCUCACGCUGCGCCACUGCGGUUGCGUGCCCUUCCACAUGCCGCAGGCGUUCCAGGACGUGGACUUCCGCGCGUCGGGGGAGGGCGAGGGCGGCGCGGGGGCGUGGUGGCGGCGCCUGGGGCUGGGCCGCGAGCGGGAGCGCGCGCCGCGCGGGGAGCGCGACCGCUGCAGCUGCCUGCAGACGUGCGCACACCUCUCCUACGAGGGCGAGGCGUCGUCUUUCGAGGGCCUCGCCGCGCCCGCCCCAGCCGCCGCGCCGCUCGGCCCCGCCAAAGAAGAAGACGAAUUUUACACAACUGUAUCGAUCAACUUCAAGGACACCUACUUCAUUCCCACGCGUCGAAUUGAAAUGUUCGGAACAAUUGACUUCAUA